CCAUAGUAGCCUGGAUAGCCAUAGCAGUUUGCAAGUUCCCAUCCUCACCUCUCCUUGUUGCUGAAGCUUUCUGCAGGGGAAGGAAAGUGCCGGCGCGGCGAUGGACGGCGGGAGGAAGAGCCGGGACCCGUACAAGUUGCCGGAGGACCGCAGGGAGCGCAAGUCUGGAUCCGGGUUGAGCGGCGACCCCAAGAAGGGCGGCCGCGGCGGCAAGUUCACCUGGGAGGGCGCCGACGGCUACACCGACGAGGACCUCCACCUCAUCGGCAACAAGGGCGCAGGGGCGGCCGUCGCCAACCGCAAGAAGGCCCAGAACAACAAAGGCGGCGACACCUCCGAUGAGUAGAUGCUGCCCCCUCCAUUCCACCACCGCCCCCGUCCGCCGUCAUCCAGCCCCGAUCGAUCUUGUGAGUUCUUAUGUCAGUUCUUAAAUAAUAAGGCUGGGUCGUCGCCCCGUGGGCAUGUAGAUAAGAUCUAUCUUGAGUUCCUUGCUGAUACUGGAGUCGUCGGUUCAGAACUUCACGGGAUGAAGUGAUUUAUCUGGAUCUUGCACUUUGGUUGGUUGAAUUUGCUCUUAUUUCUCUGAAGAGAGUGGUUCGCCCUUUGCUCUGCAGAGCUAAAUUUGGACAUCAUCAUAUUUUGAUGUUUCUUCCAUCGAUCUGUCAUCGAAAGACACGUACGGUUUGCGAUU